ACCGCGUAUAACAAUUUAAGAAUCGACGGUAUUUGCUGUGAGAAAACACAAAGGACAACAUUUAAACGGUUUGGUCAAAUCUUCAGCAGGAAUGGAUGAAUUUGAAUGUUAAGAUAUCAUGUUUAGGUUUGGAUUUGUCAUAUCCUUUACGCUGGUCUUCGGGGUUGUGUCCAUUGGGGUCAACAAUACCACUAACACACGGUCCCAUAAAGGCAAAGAACUCCUUAGAGACAUUUUGAGAGAUUAUGAGAAGUCAGUAAGACCCAUAGAACAAGUUGACCAACCUUUACAUGUAUACGUGCAGUUAUCCUUGCAACAAAUAUUGAACCUGGAUGAGAAAAAUCAACACCUCCAGACGGGGACAAUGUUAACAUUGAGAUGGCACGAUGAUUACCUAAUGUGGAAUCCUGAAGAAUAUGGUAACAUCACAUAUCUACCGAUACAUUCCAGCCUUAUUUGGAUACCGGAUAUUACUGCUUACAACAAGAUCGAACCCGACACCACGCUCGUUGACAAGGGUAUUGCAACGGUAUUCUCCACAGGUCAUGUAACUCAUACCCAAUACUCUCUCCUAACUACAGCUUGUGAUAUUGACAUGACUUACUUCCCAUACGACGAACAGAAAUGUAAUUUCUCACUCGGAUCAUUGACAAGCCAAGGCAACGAUUAUAUAGUCCUUGAAAUGGAAAAGGAAGACCCCAUAGACCGGGCCUACUUUUAUCCCAAUGUUGAGUGGGAAAUCCUGGAUAUUCAUGGGGAAAAUAAAAACGAUUCAAUGAGAGAAUACGUUUUGAUGCAGCGAGAACGAUACUGUUUAUGCGAAAGGAACGUCUCGAGUUCGUAAAGAAUUAUCCACUCAUAGGAACAUAUUUGGCAGUUCUGAUGGUUUUUACAUUUCUAUCAGUCUGUGUUACGGUCAUCAGUGCUUCGAUGAUGUUAAGGGGUCCAGCAACAGGAAGACCUCAUAGAUGCAUAACGAAAUAUUUCGUAUUUGGAUGCAUGGCUAGAUUGUUAUGCUUCAGGGAUUUUGCAUCUAAAUCUCUCCCCGAGUACAACACAAAGAAAACACAAAUUAAAGUUUGCCCCUCCAAAUGUCGAAUUUUAGGAGUCGAAUCUAACUCUGUAAACCAGGAAGAUGAGAUUCAAGAACUAACACUGAGUGGGAUCCACGUUAAUGGAAAAACAUUGGCGGCUGUAUCAAAGGACAAUGUUAAAAACCAAGGUGAAAAUGAACUGCAAAUUGAAUCGAAUGUUCCUUUGAUUGAGAGAGAAUGGAGAGUAGUUUGCUACACAUUUGAUAGAUUUAUGUUCGUUAUGCAUGUAAUUUUAUUGGUCCUAGCUUUUUACGUUUUUUAUACGAUUGACACGGAUGAUAUAUUUACAAUUGUUGACAGUUUUUGAUUUUCUUUGACUAAGGACUACUAAUUGCAUGAUUCUAGCAACCAGUAUUAUUGUCCGAUUGCCUUACAAAGUUAUAUGAGCGCUAGCUUCGAUUUACAGCAGAUUUGAUGAUAUAAGCAUUCCUGUGUUCCUAUACUAUUUUUAUGAUAUUGAAC